AAAUCGAACCAAUUCUUUUAUUAUUAGAUAGUAUGUACAUAAGUUAUAUUUAAAACAAAAAACUUACUAAGAAAUUUUAUUUUUUUGGAUUUGUAUGACACAUCGCCAUAUGGCCCUAUUAUUUUUCACAUGACUGCAUAUUAACUUCUUCAUGUUCUUGAGAUGACUGAUUCACAAUUUAAAUAAAUUUAAAUACCAAAGCGGUCUGUCAUUUGAAUGGAAUGAUCUCUAUCACCAUUGCGAAUAGUGUUAUAUUUUCCGUAAGAACAAGCACAAAACAAUUUGACAGCAAAAGCAAAGUGAACAUACAAAUACACACUAGGAAAAGUUGAAGCAAAGUAGCCAAAAUGUAUGCUAUAACUCGUUCACUUAUUCGAUCAUCUGCCCUACGUCAGGGUAUUCAAAGGAUGCAGGUCGCUGCACCGGCUCGUCAAGUGACAUUAAAGGUCGUACCAGCAGCAGAGGCAAUUCAGACAGAAACAUUUGAUGAAAAAAAUCAACGUCUUGGCCGUGAAUUGUCCCCACAUUUGACUAUCUAUAAGCCACAGUUAACAUCGAUGUUAUCAAUUACUCAUAGAGGCACAGGUUUUGCUUUGACCGGGUACGCCUGGGCUUUAGGUUUAGGUGCAUUGAUGUCUUCGCAAGACAUUUCACACUACGUUACCAUUAUUGAAGGCUUGCACUUGGGUUCAUCAACAUUGGUUGCACUUAAGUUUGCCUUAGCAUUUCCACUAGCGUUUCAUUCUUGCUGCGGUGUCCGUCAUUUGUUAUGGGAUACAGGCCGUUUUCUGAAAAUUACUGAAGUCUAUUUGACUGGUUACGUAACGCUUGGCAUUAGCUUCGUGCUAUCAGCUAUUUUAGCUUGUUUAUAAACAUAUAAUUGGAAAAAAAUUAUGCAAUUGGAAUGUUUGUUGGAUUUUAUUACGGUGCUGCUGCGAGUUUGCUUAAAUGAACUAAAAUUGUAUAAAAAACAUUUAAGUGCUAAUUUCCACGAAAUAAAUGUAAAUACAUAAUAUACAAAUAUAGAAAAAAUAUAAGAAAUUGUUAUGUAUUAGUUACGCAAUGUAGAUUUUGAUUAUUCAGUCACCUUAUUCACACAGAACACAAGUAUCUUAAGUUGGUUCUCAGAUUUUCAUUACAUUUACUCAAAUAUCAUUUGUAUAGUGCUUUUUAGAAAAUAUAUGUGCAUUUUCUUUAUCAGAGUUCUAUAAAGGGCUUCAUGUAAAUUUUAACAUCGUCAUUUCAUCCUCUUAGGUAAAGUUUGAAAGUGACCAGUUAUUGUAUAAAUGAAGUAUAAUUAUAAGUACUUUAUGAAUUCAUGGAGAAAAAAGUCCUCCUGAGUGUAAAACUUGAACCAAAAGUUGUUUUUCAAAAAUACUAAUUAUCAGAUAGCAAAUAUUCAAGAAUACACAAAAAUACAUUGGGUUGUGAAAGUAAACAUUUGACGACAAGGUUUUUAUUCUAAAAUAGCUAUUGUAAAAAGAAAGUGCGAAAUAUGUUUCGUUACCAAAAAAAGAAUAAAAUGAGUUCAUGCAUAGUA